GAAGGAAAGCCUUUAUCAGUGGCCGGUGAACUUUGCUUCAAGACCUUUGUCGGCUCUUAUAAGGGUGAAGUUGUUUCUACAUACCACCCAGCUGUACAAAAUCUUAAACAAGCCGUGAUGGAAAACUGGAGUCUAAUAAAAAAUCAGCCAUUGCUGAGAACAACUGAUCCAUUUAUGAAAAAAGCUAAUCUUGUCACACAAGAGGUAACUUUCAAGACGGCACGCUUGUAACAGCAAAGAUGCAGAAAAUAUAACUUGAAACCCUAAUAUUGCGACGCAACCGCAAAACUACGUGAGGUGACCAUGGAAGCCUGUAUUAACUUCCUCGUCCCCAGUUUCUUCAAAACCUGAUGAGAACCUGUAUUGUUGACAUAUGUAAUACCAGAGAUAUGAAUCUAAUAUUGAACCAUGGUGUAUAUAUAAAUAUGCCCAGUUUUUCACUCCUGUGCGCGCAUUUCCCAAAAACCUCCAAACGUUUACGAUUUGUAAAUUUUGCCAGAGCCUUUCAUCAUCAUGGCAAUUCCCAUUAUUGAUUUAUCUAGUCUUGCAAACAGAACACCAACGUGUGAAGAAACAACAGCUGUUGGGAAAGCUUGUCUGGAUUUCGGAUUUUUCUACGUCGUCAACCACGGAAUACCAGGAGAUCUUCAAGCUAAAGUUUUGGAGAAGUUGUGGAAAUUUUUCAGCCUUUCAGCUGAGAAGAAGGAAGAAAUUCAUCGAAGAGAUGGUUUCCGCGGAUAUUUUAAGAAACAGGAGGAGCGAAGCAUAGAGUACAAUUGCACAGAGUGGAAAGAGGGAAUUUACUAUUUUCGAGAUUUUAAGAAUUUACCCGAAGAGAAAAAGGAAAAGAUUUUCUGUGGCUUAAAUCCAUGGCCUAAAGCUGAAUAUGUUCCCGAGUUUCGUGCAGUUAUAGAGGAAUACUUCAGAAGAACACAAGAAUUAGCCUCUAAGCUGCUGAGCUGCAUUGCACUGAGUUUAGGUAUGAACCGAUCUGAACAUCCCUAUAAACCGCUAUUCUCAAUGUCUAUUAGGCUUAAGCGGAAUUGCCGCUAAAGAUAGCCCGAUUGCAUAGGCCGAAACCAGGUUGCACCAAUAACCAAAAUAACUCCAGUGAUCAGAAAUAAUAUGUAUACAAUCCCGUCUUGAGGCAUUCGCUAAAGGGUUCCUCACAAGAGAUGGUUGCCUGUUCGUAUCACAAUGGAGCCAACAGGCAUGAUGCAUGUUGUGAAAUGGGCUCACCCUUCAGUAGCAUUAUAAUACAUGAGUCCAGUGCGAACUUCUGUGACAGUAAAAAGCAUCAAGCAAUGUAUUAUCCUUAGGGUUUAAAUCUUUCUCCUUUUCCUUCAGGGGUUUGCCAAUAUUUUUCGCAAAGUUUGGUGAUCGUAAAAAUUAUCGCCCGUUACUGUGUUCAACCUCAAGUUAAGGGAUAGAAGCGAUUCUUUCCUUUCCAUGACAGUGAAGUGUCUCGGCGAAAAAACAUCAGAGGGCUUUUUCAGAGCUGCAGAUGCAUGCCUGAACCGUGGUUAUCACUCUUAACCAAAAUUAAGGAAGCAGAAUAUAGCAUUUUUAGAAGCCUCAGUACUCCCCAAACUUUUCCAACCAUAUUAAAUGCACCUCUACUUUAACAGCAGAGGCUGGGACUGUACUUAACACAGGUUUCACUGAACCACGGAUACUAGAAAGAACCUCAUCUAUCGUUUAUUUUCAAAAGUUCUAAAACCAUCUUCUCAUCUUAUUUUUUUGCAGGUCUUGAAAGAGAUUUCUUCAUCAAAGAAUUCACCGACGAUCCCUUUGCUCAACUGGCAAUGUUCCACUACCCACCGAACCCUUCUUCAAAGGAUGGCCAUGAGAUAUGGGGAGCGGGGAGGCACACUGACUAUGGCAUGUUAACCAUCCUCCUUCAAGAUGACGUAGGCGGACUCCAGGUAGAGACCAGAGACGGAGUGUGGAUUGAAGUACCCCCAAUUCCAGGCUCAUUUGUUGUCAAUUUGGGAGACAUGAUGGAAAUCUGGACAAGUGGUGCACUCAGAGCGGGACCGCACAGGGUGAAAGUUUCCCCAACUGAGCACCGGCUUUCAGUUGCCAUGUUUUAUGAGCCAGGCUUUGACUGCAUGAUUUCACCAAUUCCUCUGGACAAGACUCUAAUCCCUGUGGAGAAAACGGCAGCGAAGUUGCGAAUGGACUUUCCCAUUCGAUAUGGUGACUAUGUACUGAAAAAGUUUUGCAGUAUCUUGCCAGCAGAUAAGCCUUAA